GAGCCAAUCGAUGAUGCGAGGCUAGCUAUGAUCUCCAAAUUCUGCAACAAUUCAGUUGAUUAGAGGACUGGCUUAUACAAACACGAGAGAAACACGCUUCGCCUAUAGCGAUCUAUCACCAACGAUUUGUCUACCGAUACCAUGUCCUAUUACGACAUUGAUGCCAUCCUGACGGACGCUCAAAAGCUCCCGUGCAAAUUUGAACUGGAAGUGCCGGGUCUCGGAUUCCUCGAGGGGAAUCCAGGCGAAAAUAUUAAGGCAGGAACGCAGGUAGAUCUGCCGUUAUGGCUCGGCGAAAUGCUUUCCAUCGGGGCUCGACUCGGCACAUCGCGACUCGUGACACUAGACCUUCCCUCCGCACUCUCCGAGCGCGUGUUGAAUGCGCUCAAAGCAGAUCCUCGAACCGUCGAUCUCCGUUCACUGGCUCCUCAUUUUUAUAGCCUCGGAAUCAGGGUAUUGGAAUUGUUCGAGGAAGAUAAUAUGGUGGAUAUAUUGAGCGAUACAUUUCGAAGAAGGGCGGCAGAAAUUGCAGACCAUGCACACAAUUCGCGGGGUGCUUUAGGCGAAGGGGUCGAGUUCCUUAGGGGAUUGGACGAGACGGAAAGACAAUUAUUCCGCAUAGCUCACGAUAGUGCCAAGGAGAUUCGGGUUUGGGCGGGCGAGGCCAAAAAGCCCAAAUAAUCGAUAUACCUGAUGUAUCAGUUGGCGACUUUGUUUCAUGUCACGACGUCACGAAUCCACAUGGAGUUAAGAGUGUUUGAUGAUACCAUUGCCAUUGCGCGCGAGCAGACGGGCCAUAAUGAUUAGCGUUCGUCAAUCAACUAGAUCCGUUAGACUUGCUUUUCGUACGUGUGGUGUACGGAGAAUCGUCCAAAUCAAA